AUGAGAAAAAAGAAAUGUGGGAGUCAGUGCAAAGAUAUUGAUACGGACCUUGGGAGGGAAGUAGAAAGAAACAUCGGAACAACAGAUCCCUGUGAGAAGGCUCAGUCGGGUGUGGUUGGAGAGCUGAAGUUCUUUGAUUUCUCUGACUUCGAUGUGUUGGAAUUCAGCUGUUUCCGCAAUUCCAACAAGUCCAGUGUGUUCAAAAUAGUCAAUGAUCCCAAUCAAAAGCAAACUAAACACAACAAAACAAAAAUAAAGAUAAAAAAUAAAAGGAAAAUCACCAGUAAGAAGGAUAAGGAGCUCCUGCUGUCUGUAGCUCUUGGCCAGGUUCUAUCUCUCCUUAUCUGUGGUAUUGGCCUGACCAGCAAGUAUCUGUCAGAAGAUUUCCAUGCCAACACUCCUGUUUUUCAGAGCUUCCUCAAUUACAUCCUCCUAUUCUUGGUCUACACAACUACACUAGCUGUCAGACAAGGAGAGGAAAACUUGCUGGCAAUUUUGAAACGAAGAUGGUGGAAGUACAUGAUCCUGGGGAUAAUAGAUAUAGAAGCCAAUUACCUGGUAGUCAAAGCUUACCAAUAUACCACUCUUACUAGUGUGCAGCUCCUAGAUUGCUUUGUCAUCCCAGUGGUGAUAUUACUGUCCUGGUUCUUCCUGCUGGUACGAUAUAAGGCAGUGCAUUUCAUCGGGAUUGUGGUCUGCAUUCUGGGCAUGGGCUGCAUGGCAGGAGCAGAUGUCCUUGUUGGAAGACAGCAAGGAGCAGGUGAAAAUAAGCUGAUAGGGGAUCUCUUAGUGCUUGGUGGAGCAACACUUUAUGGCAUCUCCAAUGUUUGUGAGGAGUACAUUGUCCGAAACCUGAGUCGAGUGGAAUUCUUGGGCAUGAUUGGACUCUUCGGAUCCUUUUUCAGUGGAAUUCAGCUUGCAAUAAUGGAACACAAGGAGCUGCUGAAAGUCCCAUGGGACUGGCAAAUAGGUUUGCUGUAUGUUGGGUUUAGUGCCUGUAUGUUUGGCCUCUACAGUUUCAUGCCAGUGGUCAUAAAGAAAACCAGUGCUACUGCAGUCAAUCUCUCCCUGCUCACAGCUGACCUCUACAGCCUGUUCUGUGGAUUAUUCCUCUUUCACUACAAG